AUGGAGCGUCCGCGAGCCUCGGGUCGUCGAUACGAGCUCUCACAGCUCCUGCGAGUUCUUCUGUUGCGCCACCGCCUGAAAUACACAUUCUCACGGACUAUGCACGUGAAUGCACAAAUAUGCACAGAAACGCACAUGCAUGCGGAACGGCGUAUGAAUAUCUUUAUCGUUGUCUCGCUCAAUGAGUACUCAUCUUGGACGAUGCAUGGGGCUCGGCAAUACGGAGUUUCCCGCACUGAACUAGGGAGGGCCUGCGCUGCCUACGCGGCGAUUCUAUGCAAGGCGGAGCGCUUUCUCUCGGGUUCUCCAAAUCGGUGCGCAACGGCUCUGACGCGCGCGUAUCUUUUUUCGAGCUGCUGGCGCCUGGCGGCGCCGAGGGCCCAGCCGAUUGUCAGCCUGCGGUUUGGCUGCGGAACCUCGUUUGAAUGCUCUCUGCAUUCCACUAUGAAACGGACUGGCACGACGUGGCGCUGGCCGGAACUAUUUUACAGGGAUUUGCGGAGCAAGCGCAGGGUCUCUGCCAGAAGUGAAGUGUUUACUACUGCUUCUGAAUGUUUACGACAAAAUCUGUUUGAUACUAUCCACGAAUAUACUACUGCACGAAGAGGCUAUCACAUUUUACGCAUCGAGUGUAUCUCGUGCUGGCGCUAUGAGCCGGCCAUUCGAGAGGCUUCACCGGCGUCCGAACGGCGCUUUGUCAACGUUCCGCGGGUGUUCUUCGGAAUUUUCGCCGACAGGCCCCGUGCACCAACAGGCACGUGGUGUACAGUGUAG